AUGUCACAGGUAAAUAAUGCAAUGGAUAAAUUUUACUCUUAUCACUUCAUAGUUAUUGGAACUAGUCUAAAUGCUCCACUCAAUAUUGUUCAACCUCUUAAUGAUAUCAAUGUUCUUAUGGGCCAGAGCGGUACAUUCUCGUUUGUUUGCGAUGCCUUUCCUGCACCAAAAGUAACAUGGUUUAUGAACGAUAAUGAGUUAAAAAAUUCGACGAAGCAUAAGAUUGAAGCCAAGCAAAAUGUGUACAUAUUGACAGUGAAUAAAUGUGAGAAUACAGAUAUUGGUACUUAUCGGGCUGUAAUCGAUAAUGGCAUCGAUAAAGGUGAACAAACAGCUAAACUAAAUGUUGGUACUAAGCCAACAGUAGUUGGAAAACCAACUGAUGCUCAAGUACAAAUUGGUCAACCAGCUCGUCUUCAAGUACAAUUUGCUGGACAACCGUUACCUGACAUUACAUGGUCAAGAGCAGAUGGUCAACCACUUGGUGAAAAUGUUAAGAUCGCAAAUGAUGAAAAUGGCCUUGCUGUAUUAGUAUUCGAUUCGACAAUAUUAUCUGAUAAAGGUAGUUAUGUAGCAAAAGCAACAAACAUUGUUGGAUCUGUCGAACAAAAGAUCAAUUUAGAUGUCAAAGAAACGCCAACAUUUAUUCGUAAACCUCAAGAUUUAACAAUUGCAGAUAAAUCUGAAGCAGUUUUCGACUGUGAAAUCGAUGCAUAUCCAAACGCGAAAGUCUCAUGGAUUCGUGAUGGUAAACCAUUAACUACUAAAGAAGGUGUUGAAAUUCAAGCACAAGCUGAUAAAGGUCUUUAUACACUUCGUAUUCCUCAAGUUGAUACAACCAAACAUAUGGGUACAAUAAUAUGUCGUGCAGAAAAUGCUAUUGGUACUACUGAACAUUCACUUCAAUUAAAUGUUACAACAGCUCCAACAUUAAAAGCACAAUUAAAAGAUCUUGAAAUUUUACGUGGACAAGAUGCAACAUUUACUAUUGAUGUUCAAGGUUAUCCAAUACCAGAAAUAAAUUGGAUGCGUGGAAAUGAAACACUUAUUGAAUUAAGUGAUAAAUAUACUUGGGCCGAUGAUCAACAUCGUCAAUUAAUAAUUCAUAAUGUUCAAGUCGAAGAUGAAGAUGAAUAUAAUGUUCGAAUACAUAAUGAAUUUGGUGAAGUUACAAGUAAAGCUAAACUGUCAUGUCUAAUUCCACCAAGUAUAUCACCAGCUACCAUUGAUGAUACACUUUUACAACAUGGUGACGAAAUUGAAUAUCAAUUUGAAAUUGAAGGUCGUCCACAAGUUGAUGUCACAUGGUUGAAAAAUGGUAAAGAACUUAAAUUAAAUGAAAAUUCAAAUUAUAUAUUCACAUCUGAUAAAGAAAAUAAUAAAGAAUCAUUUAAAAUUAUUAAAGCUGAUGGUGAUGAUCAAGCACGUUAUACAUUACAAAUAAAAAAUAAAGCUGGAAAAGCAGAAGUAAAUAUAAAUACAAUUGUUAAAGCAAAUCUACAAUUUACUAAAACACUUUCUGAUGUUGCUACACAAGUUGGACAACCAGUUGCAUUUUCAUGUGAAUGUUUUGGUUUACCAAAACCAACAUUAAUUACAUGGUAUUUUAAUGAUAUCGAAAUAAAAUCAUCAGCUAAAUAUAAAAUUGAAUCAAAAUAUCCAUUAAUAAAUUUAACUAUCAAUAAAACAGAUUUAAUUGAUAUUGGUAAAUAUCGUGUUGUUAUUACAAAUGGUGAACAAACAAUUGAAAAUCAAGCUAAUUUACUUGUACAAACAAAACCAAAAUUAGAAGGUAAACCACAAGAUGCACAACCAAUUAUUGAAGAAUCAGCUAGAAUACAAUGUAAAUUUUCUGGUUCACAACCAUUUAAUGUAACUUGGUUAAAGAAUGGUGAAGUAUUGACUUUACCCAAUGAUAAUAUUGAAGUUAUUAGUGAAGCUGAUACGGGUAUUCAAGCACUUGUUUUUAAACAUGUUGACAUUGAUGAUAAAGCUAGUUAUACAGUUCAAGUUGCAAAUAUGGUUGGACAAGCUGAAGGAAAAAUGAAUUUAACACCUAAAGGUUUGUUUAAAAAAAAACAGAAGUAUAUUGAUUUAUUAGAAGAAAAAGUGUACUGAUUAGUUAUUAUGAUUGGAGAAGAGAAAUUCGUUUGAGAUUUAAACAAUCAUUUAAAUAUGAAAUUUGAUUUUCAGUUUCAAAUUGACCUUAAUCUUACACUUGAGUUCCUAUUUGAAUAUAUGCACCAAAUGAAAGUAAGUGUUCGGUUGAUUUGAGCGUUAUGGUCUAAAACAAAUAGAUUCGUACAUACAUGCAGAUCAGAGAUAUACACCGUCCGCGCCUUAAUUACGCUAGCUGUUAGAGGUUUUCUAUUAAAAAGAAUGUACAUCAAAUGCUGAAAAGUUAAGAGAAGAAAUUUAAUCAUUGACAGAUGCAUACCUUUCAAGAUAUCAUUAGUUUCAUUACCUCAUUUGUUAAGUAAGUAUAAAUUAAAUCGCAAUCAAUAUUGAUUAAAAAUCAUCCUGAUAAUCAAAUUCAAAACUCAGUGAAUUUAAUUGUGACGAUCAUAAUAUUUAAAUUCAUCUUCAAUUUAAACUUGCGUAAAUUUAACUAUAAAAUAAGUUAAAAUGGAAACAAGCGCUCUAUAAGUGUUCGCUCAUAGUAUUUUCAACUUCAUAUUGUUGUUCAUAUGUAAGUGCUCAAAAAUGACACACGGUUUUCAAGUAGUAUUAUAAUGUAACAAAUAUAAAAUUCUUCAAUUAACUUUAGAGUAGUAGUGGCGGCCUCUGCCACUAGUUUAGGAUUUCUUAGAUGGUCAAAGUAUUUUGAAUUUGAAAAUUAUAUAUUUUUCUACCGAGGAUUUUCUCGAAUGUGAGAAUGAUUGAAUUCUGAAAGUUCAGACUCAGUAUUAGGGAG